UGUCGUGGAAACCUCCGUAUUUCGCGCUAACGAAAGAGGCGCCGUUGCCCCCCCGAGAAAAGAAUUUUGCUGCUGGCGAUCAUGAAGGACGAGCUAAAGUAUCUUACGGGUUUCGGCUGCGAGUUUUCCAGCGAGGACGCGCGCUGUCCAGGGGCACUGCCCAUUGGACAGAAUAAUCCGCAGAAGUGUCCAUACAAUCUUUAUGCUGAACAAUUAUCGGGAACAGCAUUCACUGUUCCACGAAAUCAAAAUAAAAGAUCGUGGCUCUAUCGGAUAAAACCGUCUGUCGUUCAUAAACCGUUCAAGCCCUUUACUCGAGCAUGUGGUAUUGAAUCUUACAUAAUGGACGAUUGGAACAAGACAUAUCCCAAUCCCAAUCAGCUAAGAUGGAAGCCUUUCGAUGUCCCGAAUCGACGAGAUCCUGAAGUCGAUUUUUUCGAGGGUCUUCACACUUUGUGCGGUGCGGGCGAUCCUAAAAUGCGUCAGGGCAUCGCGAUACAUGUGUAUUUGUGCAAUGCUUCUAUGAAAGACAGAGCUUUCUAUAACGCCGAUGGUGAUUUUCUCAUCGUGCCGCAAUUGGGCGCUCUGCAAAUCACCACCGAGUUCGGUAAGAUGCGAUGCGAGCCGAAUGAGAUAUGCGUCAUUCAGCAGGGAAUGCGAUUCUCCGUGACCGUUUUCGGUCCAUCCAGAGGUUACAUUCUCGAGGUCUUCGACAAUCACUUUCAGCUGCCGGAAUUAGGACCGAUAGGUGCGAAUGGCCUGGCGAGUCCAAGAGACUUUCAGACACCGGUGGCUUGGUACGAGGAUCGCGAGAUCGAUUACGAGAUCGUAUGCAAAUAUCAGGGAAAGCUGUUUACGGCUGAUCAAGAUCACAGUCCCUUCGACGUUGUUGCGUGGCAUGGCAAUUACGUACCUUACAAAUAUGAUCUCGAUAGAUUUAUGGUCAUCAACUCGGUCUCCUUUGAUCACUGCGAUCCGUCCAUCUUCACUGUGCUGACGUGUCCUACUAACAAGCCUGGAACCGCUGCUGCUGACUUCGUGAUCUUUCCACCCCGAUGGUCUGUGCAGGAGCACACUUUCCGACCUCCUUACUAUCAUCGAAAUUGCAUGAGCGAAUUUAUGGGGCUGAUAAAGGGUCGUUACGAAGCGAAGGAGGAUGGUUUCUCCGCCGGUGGUGCGUCCUUACACUCUAUCAUGACUCCGCAUGGUCCUGAUGAACAGUGCUUCGAGGCCGCGACCAAAAACGAGCUGGUACCGGAGAAGAUUGCCGACGGUACGCAGGCGUUUAUGUUCGAGACCUCGUAUAGCAUGGCCGUGACGGAAUGGGCCAGUAAGCUCUGCAACAAGCUAGAUGACAGCUACUACGAAUGCUGGCAGGGUCUACGGAAGCACUUUGAGCCCGUCGCCAAUUAAGUCGGUCAGAAUCACUUAAAUGCGGCGAUCAGUGCGUCAACAACAUGUUUAUGUUAAGACCAUAAUUUUUAAAUAACCUGUGUUUACGCUCUUUAUUUGAUUUUAUGAUUUAUUUUGAUGAGAAAGAAAGCCUUUCUCUCUUCAACAGAGCGUAUUUUCCCUUUCACUAAUGACUGCAUCAUCUCAAGAGCUUUUUAAAUAUCUUUUACACAGUUCUAUCUAUUUUGUUGAGUCCCGUUAUAAUCUUUCUCUCCUCUAAGAAAUUUUUUUUUCAUAGCGUGUUGUGUCCAAAAGAUAUCGUGCAAAUCUACGAAGUUAUCUAGUGCGUGCAGUUGCAAAUUGAUAAUGAAUUCGCUACAUCGACAAUAUAUCGUGUCCGCACGAAGAGUGCAAAGAACUUUUAAUUAUUUACCUCCUACCAAGACGUUGGCAUUCAUGAUCAAUGCGAUUUGACGAAAGUAUGUUAAAGAUGCAGCGUACAUAUACGGUGUCCCGAAACUUUUUAAUUGACAAAGCGUUUUGGAGCAAACGCAAAUUUAUUGAGAAUUCUAAGCAUAUUUCUAAUUACGAAAAAAUCAGCGUAACUAUACUUUAAAUGGAGAGUGCUUAAAGUUAAAAAGAAAAGCGCAUUUUGAAAAAAAAAACAUAAUUUUGAUUAAAAUAAUUCCAGG